GCACAAACCGAAUGUUCUCCGGUGCAGCACCGCAUUCCAAAAUGACUUGUGUUCAAUACAAAGUGAAAUAGUGUAACAUUCACAAUGAAUAUAGAUGAAAAAGUGUCCGGGCCCGGUGGGGCGUCGCAGAAGAACUGGACUCAUCUGAAUAUCUCUGAUGAGUUGCCGCUGGACAUGAGGUUUAACCAUGGACAUAUGGUGUCUAUAACAGUGUACAGUGUGCUCAUGGUGAUCUCGGCCACGGGGAACAUAACAGUGCUGUCCCAGCUCGUUAAACGGCGGCGGGCGGGACGCGCGAGCAGACUAGACGUGCUACUCAUGCAUUUAGCUGUAGCUGAUCUCAUGGUGACGUUCCUAAUGAUGCCUUUGGAGAUCGCGUGGGCGGGCACGGUGCAGUGGCGCGCGGGCGACCUCAUGUGCCGUCUCAUGAUGUUCGCGCGCACCUUCGGCCUCUAUCUCUCCAGCUUCGUGCUCAUAUGCAUAGCUAUUGAUAGGUACUAUGCAAUCCUGAAGCCUCUGAACGUGACGUGGGAGGCGCGCGUACGCAGAGCGCUGGCCAUCGCGUGGGGAUGCGCCGUGCUGGCCAGCCUACCGCAGAGCUUCAUCUUCCAUGUGGAAGAACACCCUGAUGUUAAGGGGUACUACCAGUGCGUGUCUUACGGGUCGCUACCCACCUUCAGACACGAGUUCGCGUAUUUUCUAGUCAACAUGCUCCUCAUGUACAUCGCUCCCCUGUUGUCUACACUAUACUGCUCCUCCGCCGCGCUACUCGAAAUCAUCCGGAGAGCGAACACCGCUAAUGACAAAAUGCGUCGCAGCGGCGUCGGCAUCCUGGGGCGGGCGCGCGCGCGCACUAUCAAGAUGACGGUCACCAUCGUGCUGGUGUUCUUCACCUGCUGGUCGCCCUACUACUGUUAUUGUCUAUGGUUCUGGAUAGACAAAGACACUCUGAAGAAUCUGGACCCCGCCCUGCAGAAGGCCAUGUGGCUGUUCUCAUGCACCAACUCCUGCGCCAACCCCAUCGUCUACGGGGUCUUCAACAGGAACCGGUGGACGUGGAAGUCAGGGCCGAACACGCGAUACCGCAGCGGCAGCAUGAGGCGAGGUUCUCGCCUACCCUACUACGGCGAGUCCAUGGAAAUAUCCGCAGCUACCCUCGCCCGAGCACGGAAUUCUCUCUCCGAGCGGAACGGCCGGCGGGACUCAUCCUACGCGGUCCAGAACGGGACCCACAAGCACCUGAACAACAACACCCAUUUCGGGAACGGGAUGGUGUAGAGGUGGCAUUCCGAUCCAGGAGACACCCGACAGCGUCGCGCGACCAAGAGAAGAAGGCGGCGACGCGCGACAGAGCGGUGCGCGCGGCACUGCUCCGUUCGCAUACUGGUCACACCGCCUAGUUAGGUGUGCUAGGAACACAUAUGUGAGCCGGCAGUAUUUUUUAUGACAAAUCAGGCCCCUCUUUCCCACUAGGCAAUAUGGGCAGGUGCCCAGAGCCCCGCGAUCGUGGAGGCCCCGUCUGUUCUCAUAAAAGAUCUUUCUCCAGAUGAGAAGGGCCUCUCUUGAUCCUUUUGUAGGGUUAGUAGGUUAAAGACUGCCCUCAUUGUAUUUGUCAGACAAACCCUUCCUGUUAACCUUUAUCCUUAAUGAAAGUUAACUUUUUUGUGCUCAAGUGCGCCACUGGCAAGUAUCAAGACCUUACUCUACAGUGGCGUCAUCCUGGUAGAGCGAAUGCUAUAGUCCUCCUACUGCUUCUUCUACAGCUCUACUGAGUCGCAUAAUGCUGGCUUACUUAUGUGUAUAGCACCCCUUAGCAAUCGAAGAAUAGUAGCUCUACAUCAGGUUGAUUUCAAAAGAAUUUCUAAUAGUAAUUCGGAAAACGUUAAUUAAUUAUGUGAUCACUCUUGUGAUAAAUAAAGUACAUACUUAAAUGUAUAAUUUGCACAAAUAAAAUUCACUGACGGAAAGAAAACCUAAAUCAACCGGCAGAUUCAGCCUAUUUCUUUGAAGUCAGAACCCUUUUAUCGUAACAGUUAUCUGUUAUCUUUCGGCAAAUCUUAUAUGCACGAGAUCAAAGGAGCUACUAUUCGUAAUGGAAGCGCUACAAAUUCAAUACUGAUAUCGUUUGUAGCUUCUUUACCUACAGAUGGUUCGACUGAACUGCAUUUCAGUCGCAAAUACAUAUCAGAAAAGUUUCAAGACUUAAUAUUGAAUUUACAGUAUGUCCUCGAGAUUGUUACAACUAGAAUGUGCUCGCCACGCGUCCAGUGCGAAUGCUCGCGGUCACGCGCGAAUGCUCGCGGUCACUUGGAUCGGAAUGUGCCUUAUUUUGAUAAGCGACAGCUGUGAAAAGUACGUAUUGAUAAGGGCGGAGCCUACGCUAUUAUGUAGAGUCGUGGAUUUAAAAUGUCGAUAGACUACUAGUAUAUUGUGCUGCUAUCGAUGUUUGACUGUUGAUCGGCAAAACUAGUAUAGUGUAGGCGAAGCAGCGCUGAGCAACGCAGUCAAGUACCUACAUACUCGUAAUUAAGAAGCGUGCUUACCGGACGAAAAGUAUUUUCGAUUAAAUAUAAUAUGUAAAGAAUAGGGUUGCCUUAAAAUAUUUCAAUGCGAUGAUUAAUAAGACAACAAUAGCGUUUAUAAGUGUAUAAAAAUAAUAAUCAAACCUACUCAAUUACUCAUAAAUCUUAGACUUUUACAAAUAAUAUUUGAUAAAUCAAGGUACUUUUUAUCCAGUAAGCAGAUGGCUGAAAAUGUUUCAGAAUACAUUUCUCUGUUAUUAUUUGUGUUGUGAUUCUAGAUUGGCAUGUUUUGACGUAAUUUAAAACAGCGUCUGUCUAUAAAUUAAAUAAGUAGUGAUGGCACCAAAAAACGAAAUCGUAAUAACCAUUAUUUAAGUAAUUGUCGCAUUAUAUUAUGUGCCUUUUUCCUGUGGUGCGGAUUUCGGAACGCAUGCGGAUCUGGUCCCAUGUAAAAUCACGCUGCUGGUUGUAUGCAGGACAAAUAUUUCGUAUUUUGUGGUCGCAGCCAAUCCGCGUUCCACGUGCGUGUAGCCCGCAUACAGGAAAAAAUAUAAAAAUAAUGAAAUAUGCGGAUAGCCCGCACUAACGGAAUCCGGGGAAAUCCGCAUCACACGAAAAAAGGCACAAUUGCGUUGUUGUAAAUGAUUGUUGAUUUAGUGCCUUUAGUUUUAUUUCAAUGAAUGUACAUGUUACUUAAGAACUGUUAGAGGUAUAUCGUGUGAGUUAUUCAAGCAAUUAUUGCUUUGUGUCUCAAAAAUAAGACAACGUAUAAUUCCUGUGUAAAUGGAAGCUUUAAAAGUUAGUCUUGAAACAUAUCCAGAGAUAUAGUUAAUGUCCUUAAUUACUUAAGUUUGUUGUGCCAUAUUGUAAAUUAUGUGGAAAGUCAGUGUU